UCAAAACGUCCUCGUCGCAGUCAGCCAACAUCAGACUCUCUAGCCUCUCUUGGACUGGACGGAGAAGCCCUCUGGAAUGCUAUAAACGGGGCACCGGAUCCCGAUCUCGCAGAAGGCAGUCUCUCCACAGUUCAACGAGAUGCAGUAUUGCAUUUCAAGGAGGCUACAAUACGUGAGCUGCUAGCCCAGACAGCACCAAACAGAGAGGUCACGCCUCUUCUUCGUCUUCACCUGGCAGGUCUUCAUCCAAAGGAUGUCGAGAGAAAAUUUGAAUUGCCUCUUACCUUGUGGAAUCCAUCUGAGGAAAUGUUGUCUACGCUAAAGGAGGGUGCAGUCGUCCAAUUCUUCCGGCUUCAGGUAGUUAUCAUUUGUUUCAACUGUUUCAUGCAACUUGAGAAAUUCUUGGAUUUACCGCCCAACCGCUAUCAGCGGCCCUUUUGCAUCUCCCUUGUCUUGGGCGGCAAUCUUCGUCUACCCGAAAUACCCAGCACCAAACCGGAAAACUGUUUUGGUCUCGUUCUACUGAACAAAACCUUUUACUUUUCCAUAAUUGAGUCAAUCCUGAGUAAUCCCAUCACCACCGUUCCAGCAAGCGCUAAGGCCUCUGGUACAGAGUUCCCCGCCUCGGCACAACUCCUAAGCCUUUCAGGUGGACGUUCCACAGUCUUUCGUCUCGUCCCCAAGAAGGCUACACUCAAAUUUUCCUCCGUACGCACGAUUCAGGGCCCGUCAGUGUCCCAGUCAGUCGCUGAUCUCGUGGAGAAGGUCUAUCGUCCAAGGGUCGUUCAUUCCCUCACUGAUCUACCCAAAUUCGCUCCAAACUCGAGCACUUCUGGUCCUGGUUUGUCCCAUUCGUUGUUUUCUUUUGUAACUGGUUCUCGUGUUCUGUUUUAUCUGCACGUUAAUACCAUAAGCUCGAUUGGCUAUCGAGACAGGAUUUAG